AAGGAAGGAAGGAAGGAAGGAAGGAAGGAAGGAAGGAAGGAAGGAAGGAAGGAAGGAAGGAAGGAAGGAAGGAAGGAAGGAAGGAAGGAAGGAAGGAAGGAAGGAAGGAAGGAAGGAAGAAAGGAAGGAAGAAAGGAAGGAAGGAAGGAAGGAAGGAAGGAAGGAAGGAAGGAAGCAGUAAGCGAGGAAGAGGAGGAAGAAGAAAACGAAAAGGAGAAGGAGGAAGAAGACGAAGAAGGCAAAGUAGCGGAGGAAUAGGAGGGGAGAGGCAUGCAGACUGGAGGCCGGCACACGGGCAGAUAGUCUCGGCGCUGCCGCCGCCACCGCCGCCGCCGCGCUCGAAGAAGGGAAGUGGGGACACAUAACAGAGAGCGCGCGGCCGCGUGUGCAGGCCGCUUUUGCAGAGCUUCGCUUGGCACACGGCGAAACGUUCCGCCUCGUGCUGCUGCUGCCUGUUGGCUGCUGCUGCUGCUGUCUGUUACUUCUACUGUUGCUGCUGCUGCUGGUGUUGGUGUUAGCUGCCGUCUCCGUCGUCGUCGUCCUCGUCGUCGUCGUCGUCCUCGUCGUCGUCGUCGUCGUCGUCGUAGUCGUCAUCGUCGUAGUCGUCAUCGUCGUCCUCGUCCUCGUCCUCGUCCUCGUCCUCGUCGUCGUCGUCAUCAUCAUCGUCGUCGUUGUCGUCGUUGUCAUCGUUGUCGUCAUCGUCGUCAUCGUCGUCAUCGUCUGGGUUGAUCGUCGUCGGUCGACAGACGACCGACUCUUCGUUCCGCUCCUUUUUCUCAGUUUGCCGGCCGGUCUCGUGCGCGCGCUCGCUUUCCCGAAUAUCUCCACGAAUCGCAUCGUCGAUCUCUGACGCGCGCGCGCGCGCUCUCCUUUCGCGCGCUCUUUUCUAUUAGAGAGAAAACGUGAGAAGGAGAGGAAAUGAGCGUAAUAGUGAAUUUCGAAUCUUCUUCCUUACGUCAAAAGUCGUAAAAUAUUUUGAAAGGAGAGAAAAAGAGAAAGAGAGAGAGGGAGAGAAAGAGAGAAAGAGAGAGAAAGGAAAGCAAAGUUAUUAGGAUCGGUGCGAACGGUGCGACGAGACGAGACGAGACGAAACGACGAAACGAGACGAGAAGAGAAGAGAGGACAAAAAUAAGAAAAAAAAGAAAGAAAGAGAGAAAAGAAGAAGGGAUCGGUGAUGUGUCGCGCGUCACGUGCUCCACGUGUCGGCAACGCGAUGAAUCCUCCAACUCCAAGAAUCUUCUUCCUCUUCUUCCGCUACGUGGCGUGCGUCGAUCGAUGAAGGAAGUUUUUUUCCUCCUCAUCACGGAAGACUCGGAGGAACGUUCGAAGCUGGAGAUCGAUCGUGCUCUCCCAUGUGCCGAUCUUGCGAUGCUCGUCGAUUCUUCGACGUUUCCGCCAGAUUUUCCUCCUCCAGUCUUUCAAUUCUGCUUCGUCUUCCGCUCUUGUCUACGCGAGAAGGAUGUCGAAGACGACGGUACGAGAAUCGACGAUAGUGACGCUCGGUGAGCGACGGGAAUGAAUGAAUCCAAGUCGUUUUUCGAUCCGAUCGGUUGGCUCGAGAGUGAGAUGUGACGCGGAAAACGGUCGAGACGAUUCGCUCGUAUGACUUUCCUAUAGAAAGAGGGGAGAGGGUGUUAAGAGGGAGGUACUCGGUGUAAAACUCGCGUAUAAAUCGUCACGAUCGUGUCGUUGGUGUCGAUAGGCAACGGACGCGAAUCUACCAAGGAGAAACGGAUAAAAAAGGCGGAAGGUAAAUAAGUAGAAGAGGCAGAUGAGAUGUGAAGUACGAGGACAGGAGGGUGCCGCUGCCACCACCGCCGCCGCCACCGCCGCCUCCACCACCACCGCCGUCCAAGUCGAAGUCCGAGUAGAAUUAGCGGAAGUCGCAAAGCCGGAGACAGGGUCGCUGGCGAUCGUCGAGGCAACGAGACGUCACGACCGAAACUGGGGCGGGCCGCCUGAGAUGACGGCCCUGCGACGAUCCUUCGCGGCACCCGCUUACAAGAGCUCCUUCGUCCUCCUGUCCCUCCUUGGUUUGCUGCUACGGAUAAACCCUACCACCGGUGGUAUCUGUUGGUCAUCGAUCAGCAAUGGCCGCUGCAAGGAAUUAUUGUCUCAAGGUGUCACGAGAGAAGAUUGUUGCGCGUCGAAUGCGGCUGCUGCAACGGCUUACUCGGAUGAAGAUUUGGACAGUGGAAGUCUUUUCUUUUGGAGAGUUCUCGGAGGUGGCGUUCAAUGUCGACCUUGCAGAGAGAGUUGCGCGGAAGUGAAAUGCGAGGAAGGGAAAAAGUGCGUGGUGCGGAGGGGAAGGCCUCGAUGCGUCUGUAGCCCCGAAUGCAAAGCACCGAGAGGGGGUGGCCCGGUCUGCGGAACGGACGGAAGGAGUUAUAAGAGCUUGUGCAGGCUCAAGAAGCGAGCUUGUAAGAAGGGGAGCCACGAACUUGCCGUUGCCUACACCGGCCACUGCCAAAAGAACGCGGAUUGCACGACGAUUCGCUGUCGAGAGGGGCAGACCUGCCUGACGGAGAUAAAGUCCGGUCGGCCGCGUUGCGUGACCUGCACGUACCGUUGCCCCCGGAAGCGGGAGCGCGUCCGGAACCGGACGCACCGCGAUCGUGAUCGGGAUCGAGAUCCAUCGACGACCAUGCUGUGCGCGACCAACAACAUCACCUAUCCCAGCUGGUGUCACAUCGUCAAGGACGCCUGCGUCACCGGCUUCGUUCUCGAGACGCGACAUGCCGGACCCUGCAACGCCUACGACACGUCUCCCCUUUAUAUCGAAGAGGACAAUACGUCGAGCAACUAUGGCGUAGAUUUGGCUGACGAGGAAAGGAAGAUUUCAGAGGUAGACUCAGAAUCCUCUCAGACUUUCCAACCGCAUCGUUCAUUGGCAUCGACGUAGCGCGCUUAGAGGUUUAACACACUGAAUGGUAGGAUAGAUAAAAUGCAACCAACUCGAAUCGUCCUCGCGAACGACGAGACGAAUCGAAACCAAGAGUUGUCCCUCUUUCGUCUUGAACGAUCCCUUUCACGAAAAUUCCAUGACUUUGAUAUGUCCGAUAUGUAUGUAUAUAUUUGUGUAUGUGUAUAUGUGUAUAUAUAUAAAAAUAUACAUAUACACGCAUACGAUAUAUACAUGUAUGUAUGUAUGUAUAUAUCGGUGAGAGAUGUAAGAGUGAAAGGGAAAGACAGGAUGCAUACAUAUAUAUGUAUGUAUGAAUGUAUGUUUGUAUGUAUGUAUGUAUGUAUGUAUGUAUGUAUGUAUGUAUGUAUGUAUGUAUGUAUGUACGUACGUACGUACGUACGUAUGUCUCUUGGAGAGAAGCUGGAUACACUCGUACGGUGAGAUAAACGGUCAAAGAGACAAGAUCUCGUUUGAUUUUCGAAAGAAAAUCAAGAAGACUUCUUUUAAAUCCCCGAAUAACGUGGAAUACGAAGAAGAAGAAGAAUAAAAAGAAGAAGAAGAAGAAAAAGAAGAAGAGAUAGAAGCAGAAAUUGUAGAAGAAGAAGAAAAAGUAAAAGCAGAAGUAGAAGAAGUAGAAGAAGAAUAAGAGGAAGAGGAAGGUUGGAAGAGAAAAUCACCCACCGAAAAUAAAAUCUGGAGAAAGUCGAGUCACGAGAGGCGACGAUGCACCACCACAAGAGAAUUCUUCGAUCGCGACGAACGCUCGAGAAAAACACGAAGGAUGAUAAAUAAAAGAGCCGAUAAAAGGUAUCGCGCGCGUGUCCCACCGACGACUCUUCUCGGCGUAAUAUAUACAUAUAUAUACUAUACCUGUUCGCUCUUAAAACUCGCUUCUUUUCUUCGUCGUCGUCGUCAUUCAAAAUGUCGUGGAACGCGACCGCGUGAAAAAUUCACGAAUCACGGACGAGAACGAUAGAUCGCGAAGGAAGCGAAAUAUUAACCCUUUUUUCUUCCUCCCACGUCCUCCUCGUCCACGCAUUGUUAUCGAGGAUAAUUAGCUGCAUGUUUACUAUUUACAUUAGAUAGACGAGUAAUUUAGCGCGAGUCAAUAUUUAUUCUUUCAAUUUAUGCGAGGUUGGACGCACGGCUUACCGAUUGGACGAUCGAGAAGAGCGCGAUUCUUCAUAGAAAAAUGAUUCGAUGAUCCACGAACGUUUCUUUAUUAUCCUUUAAUAAAAAUCACAAUUUUUCUUUUUUUCUCUUAAAAUCUCUACUAUUUAGGUAUAUAUUCGUCACGUAUUGUAAAACGCGUUGCAUUAUCAAUUGUACCUCUAAAUCGAAAGACAUCAUUUAACGAAACUACGAAAUGACUCGAACGCAAGAAACUUUCUUUCUUUUUUUUUUUUUUUCCUUUCUUUCUCAGCUUCGAUCGGUCCAAAGUGUGCCUCCUUCUUCUUCUGACGACAGUAGUAUCGCCGUCGUACUUAAUUUAUUAAUAACGACGAGGUUGCGAGCUCGGGAAUUUUUGCGACGCCACGAUGGCGGCUCGGCGACGAUGAGGACUCGCCUCUGACACAUCGCGACGUCACCAGAGGACCACUUUCUACCUGUUUUCUGCGUAACGACGAUAGCCACGAGACUGAUAGAGAGAAAGAGUAAGAAAAAGAAAAAGAAAGAGAGAGAGAGAGAGAGAGGGGGACAAUCGUCUCGAUUUAACAUUUCGUCUCUUCUUUUCUCCAGAAAAAUAUCUCGGAAAGUAUUCUAUUCUUCUCUUCGUAGCUCGUAAACGUACGAGUUGAAAAAUCGACGAUCUGCAAAUAGGAACGCAUAUUUCGCGGUCGAUUGAAUUAUGGUUCGUCGAUCCCCUCGGACAUAUAUCAGAGAGAAAGAGAAAGAGUAGGAAAGAGAGAGAAAGAGAGAGAGAGAGAGAAAGAGAGUGGGAACAGCAUACACAGUUUGCGGACGGUCGAGAUCCGAGGUAAAAGUUUCACGAGAGGAAUUUAUCGGUCACAAUAAUAAUACUCGUCUCUCUCUCUCUCUCUCUCUCUCUCUCUCUCUUCCUCUUUCUCUCUCUCUCUCUCUCUCUUUCUCUGUUUACUGUUCUCAGACUCUGUGGGCUCCCUCUUGCUUUUUCCUUGAUUAUCCCACGAGAACACAAAUUUCUGGAAUGUAAACUUCUUCGAGUUCUCGUCGCCGCCGUUCUCGUUGUCGUCGCGAAACGAUUAACGUUCCUGACAGUCUCAAAACUGUUCCAGGAAAAAGAAGAAACCUUACGACGUGGAUAUACCCUUCUAUGCUUGAGGUAGAAUGAUUCGAGAACUCGCCAUGCCGAGUCAAACGUUAUUAAAUCGGAUUUGCUAGGGCUUUCGAAGGGAUAAGGAAAUACGGAAGAAAACAAAAAAACAACAAAAAAGAACAAAAAUAAAUAGAUAAACUGUUCAAAAACAAUUAGAGGAUCGCUAAUAUGAACUAAAUUUAUAGCAUUAACCAAGUGAACGAAAGGGAAGAAAAAAAAGUGAUCCGGAAAACUAUGAAUUGAUUUUUCAUCGCUUAUGCGACGAUUAUAUGCAUUUAUAAUUCCAGAAAUAAUAUACCGUGUUAAUAGUGAUAACGGUUGUAAUAUGCGAUCCUCUAAUUGUUUGGAGCAGUGUAUAUAUAUAUAUAAUUUUUCAUUCUCUCUCUCUCUCUCUCUCUCUCUCUCUCUCUCUCUCUCUCUCUCUCUCUCUCUCUUUCCUUCUUUUUCACUCGAGAAUGAAAGCACGAUUAACCGAAGUACGAACGCGCAAUAUACUCUUAUUAAAAGGCACGUACUUGUCACAUUGAAAAUAGUAUCCUUCCUUAUUCAUCUCUUUAUCUUGUAUCAAUGUUAUAUUCGUGGGAGGAAGAGUGUCAUGAUUCUUCUAUAACGAAAUUUCCGAAUGGAUGUCGUGCAUGUAUGUCUAAUAUUCUUUCAAUGCGUUCUUUAAAUAUAUAUGUACUAUAUGACGAUAUUACCGCAGUCUCAUUCAAUUAAGAUACGUUGUAAUACGUUUUAAUGUGGACAACGUAUAUUUAAAAAAAAAAAGAAUGAAAAAUAUGUAUAAAAGUAUAAAAACAAAAUUAACGCGUAUGUCUACUUUAAAUAUGGAAAAGAAAAAAGAAAUAAUAACGAUAUAUGGUAAAAAAAAGAAUAGAAAGAAACUUAUAGUUCGAAUGAAAAUUACGAUGAUAUAGUUCCUCUACUUAUUAUUAUAUAUGACGUAAAUUCUGUGUAAAUUAUUAUUUUAACAUUAUCGUCUUCGUCAUCCUCAUCGUCAUUAUCAUUAUUAUUAUUAUUAUUAUUAUUAUUAUUAUUAUUAAUAUUACUACUACUACUACUACUACUACUACUACUACUACUACUACUACUACUACUACUACUACUACUA